GAGAGGAGAAGACUUUUGAUUUUUUUGUUCACAAAGAAGGAUGAAUACUAUCGAUUAUUUUAAGGAUUAAUUUUUUUUUUCAAAUUAUAAAUUGAUUUUAAAUUAACGCCUGGAGUAUAGACGGGAUUAGUGUAGUAAGUAAUCCAUACAUCUUAUAGUUUAACUUAUUUCUGAAGAUCUUAAUUUAAUUUUUUAAAAUAAAUAAAUAUAUUUUUUUGAGAUAAUAAUUUUCAUGGAACAACAUUACAAUAUUUAAAGCAUAAAUGAUUUUAUCAUUGAAAAAUUCUUGCAACAUUCAAGCAUUAUACAACUUGUUUCUGUUUUCAGCAGUGACAAUGUAUAAGUCCGAAUUUUUCCUAACAGUGUUUCUGAUCACCCACGGAUGUCUCAAUGUUGCUGCACAAGGUAGGAGGCGACGGUUGUAGUUACAUGUAUGCUUUCUUAAUUAAAUUAAUUAGGUUAAUUAAAUGUCAAAGGUAACAUGCAUGUGUCAGAUCAGAUUUUAAUGAUCUAAAAAUAGGACUUCUUUUGAAUACAAAGCAGCACGUAUUAAUUGUCAGCCUUGCAUACUGAUAGUGUAGAGUAGCUUCACUGGCUGGAUUACUGAAUAACUGCAACAUAAUUGAGUACUUUCAUAGUAAAUGUAUGAUAUGAUGCCUGCAAGGUGUCAAUGUGUAUGUAGGAUAAGAUGCCUGCAAGGUGUCAAAGUAUAUGUAGAAUAUGAUGUCUGCAAGGUGUCAAAGUGUAUGUAGGAUAUGAUGCCUGCAAGGUGUCAAAGUACAUAUAUAUAGAAUAUGAUGUCUGCAAGGUGUAUGUUGGAUAUGAUGCCUGCAAGGUGUCAAAGUAUAUGCAGGAUAUGAUGCCUGCAAGGGUCAAAGUAUAUGUAGAAUAUGAUGUUUGCAAGGUGUCAAAGUGUAUGUAGAAUAUGAUGUCUGGAAGGUGUCAGACUUCUCUUCCUACUCGUUAAAGACGCUAUUAAAAAAAAAAACAGCACAAGUUCUAAAUCUUACGCAAAUAGAUUGAAUACACUUUGCAUAUAUCCCUAUUUAAAAUAGUAUAUAUUUUCGUAUCUUGUACUGUUUAUGAAGCAUUUCUUCGUAUUUAAGGUUUAUGGAAAUUUAUUUUGUAUCUACGGUUUAUGAAGGUAAAUGUACCGAUGGCUGGUUCGGCCCGAAAUGUCAGUUCCAAUGUCACUGUCUUAACCAAAAGACUUGUAAUUUGACCACCGGAUCAUGCGGACCGUCUUCAAGAUGUGCAAUGGACUGGUUUGGACUCGCAUGUCAAUAUCGUAAGCGUAAACUUGCUUUUUUGAAAUUUGUUUUUUUUUUUUUGUAUUCUCCUCAAGAAUUAAAAGACCUUUCUUUUGACAAAAUAUUUGCCAGAAAAAAAUAAUGAUUUUCUUCGAAAUAGUAAAUAAUCAAUUUAAUCAAAGAGAAAAUACGUUUUUUUGAAAAGAAUUAAGUCAAAAGAUUUUAGAAAAACGAUCGUGUAAUGAUAACUAUGUUACUUGUAAUUAUUGAUGUGGUAUUAUGCAGUAGUAUCUAAUUAUCCAAAUGCACAAACGUCCAUGAUUACUUAAAAGCACGAGGCGAGAACUUCAUGAAUUUUGCAUCACGUAUUUAUUCACUGAAUAUAUACACACACAGCAUGGGAUGAUAUCUCUAGAAAACAGAGGAAACGUAGUUGUCAUAUAACUUCUUCCAGAUAGAUCAUUUGAGUAGACAUUAAGAUGUUGUUCGAUAUACAAGCCAAUCAUAAAUACACAUAAUCCCAAUUCGUAGUCGAUCGCUUGCCUCUCUGCGCAUGACGUACCAUAAAUCACUUCCUGUUCCUUCUAACUUAUAAAAACAAUACAUUGUCGGAAACGAAAUUAUUAUCUCCAUAUUUGAGCUGUGACACGGGAAAAAACAAUUUAUUUCUCUUAGGUUUUAAUCUCUAAAAUGUAAAUACUUAACAUAGAAUUUAAAAAGUAUGUAUCCAUACUGUGUUAAUUCUUAUGGUUAGACAUUAUAUUUUAACCAUUACAAUAUAACAUAUAUAUAUAUAUAUUAAAUAAACAUAACUAAACUUAGCAGAAGGUUGACUAAGCAACACUUAAAAAAUGUUUUUCCCCCAGAGGAUUUAGCAACACUUCAUGGAACUUCUAUUAGGUCCACCCCCCACCAAACAUCAUACGAUUGGAUCACAGACAGAAAUGAUACGACCUGUAAUGUUGACCAUGAUCUGGAGGUAAUAGUCGUAUCGAUGAACGCCAUGUUUCCUUUCACCUGGAUACGACUCGUCUUCAAAUACAACGGUGCAUGUUAAGCCUGUUAAAGUUUAAUAUAUUGAGCAUCAUUUUAUGAUUUAUUUGUAUUGUUUUAUUUUUACAUCUUUUGCUCUCGGAAAAAUCGCUAUCUAACAUUUAUUAAUCAAUCAAAUUUCCUCAUCAACACCAGUAACAGAAACAUUGCAAAUCCCAUCUACUUGCAUAGGAGCCAAAAUGAUCAAUAAAUUGAUCGUGGGCCCUUAAGAUAUAGAAGAAGAAGAAGAAAUUUAUGUAGAUUACGUAUAUAGUGAAACAUCGAAAUAAUUAACCUUGAAAUAGCACUGUUCUUGUUAUUUGAGAUGACUCACACCAUGAACGAACGAUAAUUUAACAUUCAAUGAAACCUGCAAAUAGUACCCUUCCUUAAAAAAGCACACAUUUUGCUCUCUGUCCCAAGGGUUUGCGUUAUUUCAAGGUUUCACUGUAUUAUCGGUACUUAAAAGUUGUUUAUUAUCCCGUUGAACGCCAUUUUCGUAAAGUUUUGCAAUUAUCACAAAUUAAUUUUUUUUUCUCCAAUUUUCUAGUGACCCAAAGCGAUGUAACAGUCUUCCUCCUGCCGAUCACAAGUGCACUGACCGAGUCUGGGUGCAACAACCAGAAGCUCUAUUCCAUUACCAAAAACUCGGUCGACAUUCGUUGCGUGACGACCGUGCAAAUAAAUCAGUUGAUCAUCGGAGGGCGAUGGAUCAAGUAUCUUUGUUCGUUGUAUGUCAGUGGAGGUGAGUAUUUUUCAGCAUAACAUGUCCACAUAUGUCAGGAUAAAAAAAUAUCUAAAAGAAACAGACAAACGCUACUUUUAAGUCCUAAAUAUUAUUUAAAGAAUGGGAAAAUUAAAAAGUAAAUGAGCAAAACAAAGUAUGGGAAAACCUACAAUGAGGACGCCACAAAGCACUGAACGUGUCGGCGAGAAGACUUCUUCAGAGAAAAAUCCCCAUUCAAAACAAUAUGAAAUAAAAACAAACACUUAGCUACAAUGUUCGAUCCAACAAGCCACCAAAAGGAAAGUUAACACCUAUAUCAAACAUAAAACCUAUUGAAAAUCAUUUAUUUUUAUCAUCCUUACUUAUAUCAUUUUCACUUGAUAUAUACCUUUUUAAAGAUAUAUAAUAUUUUAUUUUUAUAUUUCCUGACUUAAAGCAAACGAGAGUUAUUUUUCAAAGAAACUUACUCAAUACUGUGGAUUGUAAUGUUUAAUUAAAAUAACGUUUGUCUAAUGAUACCAAUUUUUUUUUUUUUUUUUUUUUUUUUUUAAUUUUUGGUGGUAUUUUUUAUUUAAAANCCACGGUAGCUGCACUCACACAGCGCCAGGGGACUCGUCUCCCAGCUGGACGGUCACAUUCGACCCCCCCCAAUGGGUUCAUUGCAUUGUUUUAUACAACAGAAAAGAUGCUAGUUGGUGGAUUUAUUCACUUUAUCACAUUCUUAAUUACCUAUUAAUUAUAUCUUUUAAAGGCAAUUUAAAAAAAAAAAAAAACAUCUAAUCGGUGAUGAAGGCUUUCUGUCGAAACGUCCGUAAUAUCGUUUUUUUUCCCCCUGUAUUUCAAACGUUGGCGUUUCCUCGCUGUUUUAUUCUCACACAGUCUUCUCAAACUUUUAAACUAAUUUUAUUAAUAGGUUAAAAAAAUAAUAUAAAAAUUGUCAAAAAGUAGUACAUUCGAAAUAUGAAUUUUUAGUUUAAAAAUAAACUAUCGAACCUAAAUAUUUUUUCGUUCUGCUUCUCUAAAGCGUAUGUGGUAUUUUCCUCAUCCUCCCUCAUCAACAGAUUCAUCGUGCUGCCCUGAUCGGUUGAAAUAUUUCACGCUGCAAACGUUUGAUGCCGCAAAUACAGCCCUGUUUUCCUACAAGAGCACCGGGAAUACGUCAGUCGUGGUUUACACGGUAACUUCGCCAGCCAAUGAGAGCCAGGCAACUAUAAGCAGAGUUAAAAUAAAUGCUACCUUCUUAGAUGCAUCGAUUCAUACAACCGUUCUCACACUGUGUGAAGUGGAAGCUUAUGGAGGUAGGUAUCACACUCACACUGUUUGGAGUGGAAGCUUAUGGAAGCAGUUAUCUCAAUGUGUGAAGCGGACGCUUAUGGAGGUAGGUAUCAUGCUGUGCUCACAUCUGAUCUUAGUGAUUUUAUUUGUUGCCAUAUACCCUUCAUUCAGCUUAGAAAUCACAGGUCAAUAUCUAACCUUCUGAUCCCACCGCUUGCCAAUUCUUAAAUCUUGUUCAAUUAUACAAAGAAUAUGUCUUAUCAGACCAGUUUAUAAACGAUAGUAGCUCAUUAUUCUAUUGGCGGAGGACCCACUUUAAUUAUUCGAUUGGUGCUGGGCUGAUACACUUAAAAUUCUAUAUUAAAUGACUUAUGUUAUAUGUAUUUUAUCUAGGUUUUCUGGUUUAAGUUAUCAAGGAAUGGCGAAGUCUGUGACCGACGAUCGCUUGAUUAACUCUAACUACGUCAACGGCUCGAUAGUUUUGCUUUGGCUUUUGUCGUGUUACUCAUCUCAGAUCGUGUUCUCUUUUGAAGCAAUACUCACACACGAGACACCAUUUCUGUAGAUCUCAUUUUUGUAUACUUAUUGCGUUUUUUUUCUUUUCAUUUGGACGUUACAACGAUAAAGAUAUUUCAAUUUAUAUUAAAUAUCAAACCGAUUAUUUUAAAGUAUUAACUUGUCUCUUAAAACAUCCGAUGAAUAUGCUUUUCAAAAAAUAUAAAUGAGUGAAACAUACUACUCACAAUUUUAUUUGAUGCCAAAUUGAGUAGUAAAUUCCUAAUAAUACUAAUACCGAAUAUUGUUGGAUUCCGACAGAAUGUCCACCAGGAACAUGGGGUCUCGAAUGUCGCAAGUGUAUUUCCUUGUGUGACAGCUGUGAUCUUGACACGGGCAGAUGCUUGGCUUGUAAAGGCGCCAUAAACCCUCCAGGCUGUACCUACUGUGAGUUGAUAUCUUAAGCUAGAACUUAACUGUGAUAUGUUGUUUGUCAAGAAAAGACCGAAUCGAAUCGCUUGAUAUAAGGAUCCCAUCACUUAAAUGCCUUAGAGAUCGCUCUAUCUUGAUUCGAAACACCAUCCAUCAUUUCUUGAAUGCAGUCUUGUAGCAAUUUUUAUUAUCAAACAUACUUUCUCUUAAAGAAUUAUUUUAAGAACAAGAUAUGUUGUAGCAUUAAACAAACAAAAUGAGGAUACCACCCACCCUCUACAUCUUAGAUAACUAAAAUCAUCUUGUUCAGGGCUAAGUCUUUUUCUUAAUUAAAGUUAGGAAGGAAAGAUAAAGUACAAAUAACUCGUUCCGAUGUUUGGAAAAUUUUCCGACGUGCCCACGCCCUACAACGCAGAGGUUUCAAAUCUAAAUAGUCACUCUAAAAGUCAAUGUAAAGUCCCGUCAUUUAUAACAUUUUUAAAGAUUAGAGAUAGAGUAUAGUUAAAGAUUUUAGCGCGAGAAGAAAAAAAAAAGAGGAUAUGAUGAGGCACGACAAAAAAAAAACAACGGAUCAACCAUGUGAGGCAGAGAAAGAAAGGGACUGAUGUAAUUGAUGGCUAAUGUAGGAGGUUGCCCUUAUCACAAAUAAUAUUAUAAUUAGAGCAACAUAAUUGUGUUUUCUGAUAAUUUAACAAUUAGCUAUAAUGAAGGAGCUAAUAUUUAACAUUCCAGUAUUUUAUGUGAUUCCGUAAUUACUUUAAAUGAAAGUGAACAGUCCGAAACAGGACUCCGUAUGUCAUUUCAGAGAGCUGUGAAAGUCCCGAUCAUGAUUUAUGCAAUACUUGACUUAAUACAAUAGUAUAAAACAUAGGGAACAGUCAUACUGUCAUACAUACAAUUAUAAACGAUGUUACAGUUAAUAUUGUCCUUAAGUGAAGGAAGUUUUACAGUAUAGGACGGUUGGUCUGUGCGAUUGUGAAAUACUUUAGUGUUAUUUUCUCUAGCUUUUAUGUAUUGACUUGGUAAGAAUACUUGUUUGUGCUGAAAAUGAACAUGAACGACGUAAUAAAAAACAUGUGUUGUUGUUUUUUGUUUAGGUUAUCAAUAAAAGAAUGUUAUCUUCUCUUAUAUGUUUAGAUGAUACAUAUGUAUUAUCCCUGCCCAUGCAGACUGUAAUCAAGGGUUCUAUGGAGUCAACUGCUCAGUUCCAUGUUCCCAGAAUUGUAAGGACAAAACAUGUUGCCGUACUAAUGGAAGUUGUGAUUGUAUUCCCGGUUACACAGGCAUGACUUGCAAUGAAGGUAUACAUUGUAUAUUCCGAGAAACAUUUUUUUUUUUUUUUUUUAAUUCUUUUUUUUUUGUUUAAACAGUGUUUACUAGUAAUUUAUUUCAAAUUUAAACAUUGUAGAAAUAAUUUGCUUUAAAAGGUUUAGUAAUUAUUUAUUAUUUAUAUAUAAGUCUAUUAUAAAUAUCUAAUGCAUUAAUUGUUUGUUUUUUUUCAAGCUCUAUGAAGUUAACAUUUUGUAGUCCAUUAAGUUCUGUUUUUUUCAUCACCAUUCGUAAUAUAGAGAAACUAUGAAAUUUGGUAAAUUUAUCAUGACGGGCAGGUAAUCGAGAAUAUGUAUGUUUUGAAAAUGUGUCGCUGCUAACUCAAUGUGGCAAAUCUUUCCGGGCUCUAUAUUAAGGUACACAAUUUAGCGGUGUACAAAAUACAGACCCAUUAAAAAAUUUAAGUACAAAAAAAAGUUUGAGUGCAAUAAUGUGAAGCUAAACAACCGUAAACAAAAAUAUUAACUUGUAAAAUUUUACAGAAUACCUUCAUUUCUGAAAAAAAAAUAUUAUUAGGUACGUAUACCUCUAAAUUUUAUUUUAAUUGAUUAACACUUUAGGACAGUGGUUCUUAACCUUUGUUUGAGGUACUGAACACCACCAGUUUCAUAUGCGCAUUCACCGAACCAUUCUUAAUAGGGAACAAUAAAAUAUGAUUUUUUUUCUUUUUUUUUCGGACCUCAGCCGAACCCCUGAGACUGAAUGACCGAACCCUUGGGGUUCGAUCGAACGCAGGUUAAGAACCAUUGUUUUAGGAGAAAAACGGUUGAGGCCCCAAAACAAAAAUAAAACAAUUACAACAUUAUUUCUUCGUCCCAUUCUAGUAAUUUCACUACAUUGCUGCUUCACAGUAUUGUUAUUUCACUACUUUGCUGCUUAACAUUGGGGUCGAAAUUUUGUUCACUCCAUUGGCGCAUCACAACACUUGUCCUAUGUCUUUAAGGGAAGUUUACAAAUUGGCUCACGCAUAGUUUAAACACAUUAAGUUUGCACGUAUUUUUCAUUCAAGAAAGGACGAAAUUUAUGAUGUUUCCUGCUAAUUACUAGAAGGUAUAUGAACUUCUGGGUCCGAUUCAUUAGUGGUGGUCAAAAUCAAUGAUUUGAUUUAACUAAACCGACCCCAUUCCCAACUAUUUGAGAUCAAGUUUGCUGAAAUAAGAAAAAGCACACAAAUGAAAACGGUGCGAUAAUGAGUCAAGGCCUUUUUAUUUCGUGGCUCCCUUCCCAAAUGUCAACAGCCCUGAACAACUUAAAAGUUAAGACUUGCUAGGCAUUGCCAAACCCACUUCCCAGAUAAAUGAAUGUAUGGUUUUACUAGUCUAUUUCUGAUAAGUAAAUCAAAUUGAGACAUUAUGAUAAUGGUGUGUUAACAAUUACGCCUUCUAUACAGCGUGUAACCACAAAACGUGGGGUGAAGACUGUGGCCUAACGUGUAGCCAGUUUUGCAAUGUCGACGAAAGCCUAUUUCCGGAAGUUUGUCAUCACGUCACAGGGACCUGUCUUCUGGGCUGUGUGUCCGGCCACUCUGGAGCCACCUGUGAAACGGGUUUGUCAAAAUGGGUUCUUGUUUUUUUGUUUUUUUUUGUUAAACAUUCAAGUCCCAAAAAAUUUUAACAAAAACAUAACCUGAUUUGUAUUGACAGAAACGGGUGUUAUGGUAGUUGUGGAUCAACAUAUCCGAUCUCCCAGGGGGCAAAUGAAACCAAAAUUAUUUGUUAUAGACAGGGGAUGGAAUAUUUUCGGGUCGUUAAAAAUGCUUCAUCAGAAUGUGAGAAUUUUUGAUAGUCUAUGUCUAUUGUACGUCCUUAAAGCAAAGAUCAAAAUCAAAUCAAGCUCUAAAAUUAUUUCACUAAAUACAUUAACAUUACAAUAAUUCGUAGAUGCUGGAAUAUAUGAUUUUUUUAAAACUAAACUGAACACCUGUUUCACUCUUCCGGUUAAUGAUACAAAAUAAUAAUAUGUAACUAAAAUGAAAAAUAAAGCCAACAGAUACAAUAAAGCAUUAAUAAGAACAUAACUGUUAUAUCUUAUAUAUAAAAUGACGUUAUUUUUUAUCAAAUAGAGGUACUAGUCUUCCAAUAUAUUCAGAAUAAACGCGAGAUCUGUAAUUCAUUAAAGAAUGAACACCUACACUGAAACCUAUCAUUUUAAGGCCUCAAUACAUUUCAGAUUUUAAAAAUCAUCGAACUGCUUCUUACUUUGUUUCGUUUAUACACCCAACUACAUAAUAUAGUCGAAAACUCGGUAGCUACUUAUUUUAUUAUUGAGUUAUUGCUCUGAUAAAACUUGCCAAGUCAAUAUGUUAAACUUUUCAAGAUGUUAACAAGCAUAUGAAGAUGUUUAAAUGGAAGCGACCCAGUGUUAAAAACCGUGGUGGUAUUUUAAUCACGAAUGUUAACGGCCGGGACUUUUCUUUCCUAGUUUAUUUCGUUAAACUAACAGCUUAUUUAAGUCUUUUACGUGUGUUUCGUUUGAUAAUUUAAAUAUAUAUGUGGUGAAACUUUCACGUUUACAAUUAAAUAGUUCUAUUGAAGAAAAAAAACUAUUUACAUCAUAAUGUUAAUUAAUAAUAACCUAAGGAAUAAGAGAAACAGAAUAAGAGAAACAUAAUUGCGGACAUAAUGAAGUCUUCAUUACAAACAAUACAUUUUGAUUAUAUUACCACUUAAUGCGUACGUGAGAAUGAUUAAACUAUAUGUUUGUAUGUACUUAACUCCAGAUAAUUCAAAAGUUAUCGGUCUGGCAUCUGGCUUGGGGACUGCCCUGGCACUGGCAGUUUCUCUUCUGAUCCUGAUCUAUUAUUUGAAACGCCAGCAGGCUACAGGUGUCCCCAACACGUCACCAGGACAAAUGCGACUUCAAAUCGAUCUCAAUCUGGGCUCAGGGCACACGAGCUGUGGGACGGCGAGUGAGUCAACGUAUUUAUAGUUCAACAUUUACAAAAUAAAACACGACGUAGACUUAACAAACAUUUGAUUUUGACAAAGAGUAGAAAAGUUGAUUAAAAUCUCCAGUUAUCAAUCAAUAUUUUGUGAAUUUUUUUAACACCUACAUACUUUAUGUUAACUGAUCGACUUUAAGAUAUUAUGAAUGCUCUUCGCUUACGAAACCAUCAACUCAAUGUUAUAGCGGUUUAGAUUCUAUAGUGUGUUUUUUUUUAAAUAUGCAGUUUCGGCAUGUGUAUUUUUUCCAUUUGAGCCACUUUCAAUAUAAAACUAUGAGUUGGUGUAAUAAACUAUGCCAACAUAAACAAAAUGAAUUAUUUACACGGGAUUUACAAAUAAAUCGUUUUGUUUUCAAGGGGCUUUGAAAAAGAAAUGGUCAAUGCUAUAAAUAGUCAAAAUUCAAAUGUUUUCGAAAGAAAGAAAAAUACUAUCAUAACAUUGCAACAUAAAUAAAUAUGAGCAAAUAUAAUUUAAUCCACAUGUAAAGUCUUCAUUUGAAUUGAAUAUUUUCUAUUUAGCUCAAAAAUUAAUAAAUACGAUUUGUUUGUCAGUUCAAGGUUUGAUAAAAAUAUGUAUAUUCAUUUUAAAGGUAAAGUAUAUACAAGAAUGUUAAAAUACUUUAUUUCAGGUCCUGUUCAAACGUGCGCACCUUUGCCCACACAACGUACAACACCUGGCAGUGGAACUCAACCUUCAGCAGGCCAGGAUGGCACUAACAAUGGUCACAGAAACGGCAGCGACAGUCGGCAGGAACCGAUCUACGCGAUUCCGAACAACCGAUCUGUCAGUGUUGAAGGAGUAACACAGACGGUCCAUCAAGCUUAAAGUACAACAGCCAUGAACACUUUGAAAUGGAAAGAAAGUUCGACAGUUAUUGUCUAUAGCUUACACUGUAAAUAAUUGUGUACACAAUGUUAUAAUCAUAUGCAUGACAAAUGCUCAAAAAUAUUAAUAUUAAGAAAUAAAGUAAAAACAAAUUAACAUUAUUAUAUGUAACAUACAUGAUGUGUCUUAUAUGACAAACGGUUACACAAUAUGAAAUACACAUUUUCAUUAAUUGGACACAAUGUGUAUUAACAUUUUUAUUUAAAAAAUCUGGAGUGAAUAGGUGAAAUAAUUUAAUAACUGUUAAAAGUGUAAUAAAGGAAAUGGGAUAAAUAGACUGUUUGGCUUAUCAAAAAGGUUAAAAAAAUAGUAAUAGACCCUUCAUUUUAAACCUUUAAAAUCCCAGCAAGUAUCAGUUACAAAAAGUAAAGGACGGCUUGGUUAAACCCACAGAUUUGGACUUUUGAUUGCAGUGUUCAAAUUUGGUGCCUCAACAAUCAUUCCCGGGGUCCGAAAUCAAACUUGUAAAUUUUAUCAAAUUAUAUUUGAUUUAUUAUUUUAUCAUAAGAUAUAGGUUUUAUAUUUAACACAUCCCAAUUGUAAUGUUUAUAUUUUAAGUAUAUAUAUAUAUAUAUAUAUUAGAAUAAAUGAACAUAUGUUAUCGGGAUACUAGUGGUAUGUCCUUUGCCAUAGUUUCUACCUACUAUUGUAAAAUCUCAUGACAAUUCCUACCUUUAAAAUAAGUAUCUACAUGAUGAUAUUUACGUUUCUAACAUCAUUAAGUUUUGAGAAGUAUUUAUCUGCUAUAAAUUAUAAGCCUACCCUACUCCCUUUCACUCCUCUAAACUACAUUUCCCUUCUAAACAUGACCUUAAAAUACCCAACUAAAUUAUCAUUAAUUAUACCACUUUUGUCACGAAAGAAGUUGAUUGAGUGACGAUUUCUACACCAGAGAAUUAAUUUAAAUUUUCCCUUUUCGUGUCCUGGAAUUCCAACCUUUUUUUCUCUUAAAAUUGUUAAAAACAUAAUCUUAAAUUUACAACAAAAACUCUACGUAUAAUAAAAAAAUAUUAUAUUAAGGAAUUUGAGAUAUUUCUAUCUUCAUCAAAAAUUUAAACACACUUUUGCCUUGCUUUAGUAAUUAGGAAUGAUCAGAAAAUCUUGAAACAAAAAUUCUCUUAUCUAAAGAAGAAUCUCGCAACCGUUUUUCACGUCUCUAACAGACUUGAGUGUCUUUUCUUUUUAAAUUGUGAAACAAAAAUUCGCACCCACUUUACUUUUCACAUGGUAAAAACAAAAAUAUAUUUUCAUUAAAAAAAACAAAAAAAAAUCUCAAUUUUAAAAAUUACCUUUUAAAUUGUAUAAAAUGAUUGGGGUUUGAUAUUUAUGGGUAUACUUUAAUAACUGUACCAACGUUUUGUUAACGCCAUUAAUUUUCUUAAUUGGUAAAAUUAUGUUUUUUAUUGUAAAUAGAGAAUGUAACAUUUAUUUUUUCACAAAUGUAAAAACUAUAGGAUUUAAAUAUAUUUUGAUCCAUGUAAAAAUGUACACAUUCUUUUUCCUACCUCCGAGGUGUAUGUAGGCCUACCCAAGAAGGUUAAUUAUUUAUAAAAUUCAUUCUUUUAUUUUGAGAAGUAUCUUGUGUUUUCCUGGGAAAAUUUAACAUACACAUAUUUGUAAAAAGAGAAGUAACAUCUCUUUCUUAACAGAUGUAAUACCAUAGGAAUUAUAUAUGUUUUCAUCCACGAAAAAAUGCGCACAUUCUAUUUCCUACUCCAAAAAAGGUUAAUUAUUUAUCAAAUCCAUUUCUUAUUUUGAGAGGUAUCUUGUGCUGCCUUGGGCAAAUUGACCAACCCCCAUAGAUUGAAAUAAAAUUAAUACAAUUUUCCACCGUAUUGUAGUCCCUUCUAUAUCCAAACUAACAAUUUGCAUUUCAUAUGGUUUUUUCUUAUUUGGAUGAGUUUAAAACUAAUCUUAAAUUUACAACAAAACUCUUUUUAUGAUAUAAAUAUAUUUUGUAUUACAGGAAUCCGAUAUACAUUGAUUUCUUCAACAAAAAUUUUAACACAUAUUUGCCUUUUUAAAAAUUUUUACAUUAUCAGAAAAUCAUAAAACAAAGAAUUCCAUUAUCCAAGAAGAAUCUCGCAACUUUUUUCAUGUCUUUAUUAGAUUUGACUUUCUUUAAAAGAAAAUUAAAUUGUUAAUUUCAUAAAAAUAUACACC